GAUCAUGCUCUUGUCACUAAGUUAUGAAGACAGACUAGACAACAGCACUGCCUUCUUCGCUCACCACACGUACAAACACCUGGAGAGUAUGGCGAGCAAACCGUUUCACGUCUUUCUCUGGUUCAUGGUCGCCCUGAUGCUGCUUGGAAACGUCGUCGUUGUCGUGUGGAGAUGCACGCGACCAUCAUCACAACGAAACAGCUCGCUCUCCACCAUCAUCGUCAACCUUGCGGCCGUCGACUUUCUCUAUGGACUGCACCUCGUCCUCAUCGGCAGCGCCCUUGUCCGACCCGUUUUCGGCCUCAGCUCGGAUACACGCCUCGACUCGAGUCCUCCCAUCAGCCAUCCUCUCUGCUUUGCCGCUUACUUCAUCUCCUGUGUGUCGUGCGGAGGCCAAACGGUCGCCAUUGCCAGCAUCGCCGCAUACUCGUUUUUAUCACUCAACGUCAGAUUCCAAUCGACAAAUAUCUACAAAAAUUUUUUUGUCGUGGGGAGUACUUUGACGCAAUGGUGUCUAGCCGUUGCGCUCUCGUUUUACUCGACGUUGGCGUCGGUGUGGGAAGUGCCUUGGACGGUCGGAAACUCAACGACUCAGAAUCCGAGAAAUGUUGAAAUCUACUAUGUUCUCACACAAUGCAGUUUUGCUGGGACGCUGUCGCCAAGCAUUGCGGUUCUCGCCACUACCGUGCUGACGGUCGUUUGCGUUGCCGUCGUGCUCUAUAUCGCGUUCAUUGUUAAAGCGGUCUACAACUUGAUAUUAAAGAGGAGGCAACGGCAACCGGUUGGCGAAUCGAAAUUCUUGAUGAUUCGUCUCUGUCUCAUUGUGGCCGUCAAUAUUCUCUGCUGGGGACCCCCGCAGAUACUUUACUAUUUCGGAAAGAAAAAGGUAUCUAAUGUGGACAUGCUGCUUGAUGACAAAUAUUAUCGGACUAUUACUGAGGCGACGAUCGUGUUGCUGUCGAUACCGCCCGCUCUUAAUCCGUUGUUAUACACCAUUGUUACGAAACCAUUUCUCAAUGUGUUGAAGAGGCUGUGUAAGUCUGGAAACGAUCGGAUGCGAGUGAUGUCGACUAUGUCAGAGACGGCGAGUCUACUUCCCGAGGAGCAUAUUACCCCGGAUGAGAGUUGAUGUACGGGAGUUUUGUGGACUGUUGGUGUCGAUGAUAGCUUUUAUUUGUGUGGCAACGUUGUAGUUGUGACGUCAUUUGUAAGUAGCAAAAAUUAGGUAUAAAUAAAUUUGUCAA